AUGGGUCAGCCCAUGGCACAGGAUCCUGCCGCCUAUGUAUCGAAUGUCGGCAACCAUGGAAACAGCGUGGACGUGGACGAGGACGGCGACGACUGGGAGUACGAAUAUGAUGGCCACGAAACAGAGGACUUCUACUUUACGCUCGACUUGACCACUCAUGUACCCAAUGCAUUAGUGCAGGCUGAAGCUUCCCUACAAGGACGUCACAAGACUCCCGUCAACAGCUCUGCGCGACAUUCCACGGCUGUCGACGCGCCGAACGGCCAAAAUGCCGACUCAUCCGACGAGGAAGACGAGCCAUCUGCCGGACAGCUCCAAAUCGUGGACCUUUACACGACACGGCCGCUCGUGAAGCUCGACGAGAAUGUCUACACGUGCUCGUGGCAAACCGACCUUGGCACUCAAUUCCAUGUUGCAAAGGCUGGCGAUGUCAACGACAAAGUGCGACGCGCAGGAACCGUCCUCGACAUCAUUAGUACUUCGCAGACAAGGCUCAUAGGCAUACCCGUUACAUUGCAGCCUCGAAACGAUACUCGUAGGUCGCGGACACCCGGCGCAUCAGCAAAUCAUGCACUCAGUAUAGACGGGAGCGACAUUGAUGCUGAUGAAACAUCUGAGCGCUUCACGCCAGCUCCCGGCAGCGUGGCAGAACCAGGAAAGCCUUUACAGAUCGACCGGACUCUGGUCAAGCAUCAAGCUGGAUCGGACCAGGCGUCAUUCCUCGAGAGGUUGUCACAGAUCAAGCUCAAGAAAGGCGAGACAGACCAGGUGCCUAUCUUCAGUGUGAAGCAGUAUCAUCACGUAGAUCCUGCAAAGCAGGCAGAACUCAAGCAAGCAGCUCGUGCACUUGAUGCACAGAGGAGGGCUAAAGCCAAAGCGGAGGAAGUCGUGGCGACUGGUCAGCGUCCUCGCAAGCGAAGACGCAAAUUGACACACGCAGAAAGGGGAAUCGAUCGUGGCAGCAAUGCAGCCGGUGCUGGGCGGCCGGGGAGAGAUGCUGUAACGCAGCGACUUGGUUUCAGCGAUGAAGCGCCACCAGCAGAUCGCAAUGGUCGGUGGGCACGACAACAGCAGCCAGCUGAGGCGGGGCCUUCCACGAUGAGCGACGCUCCAGAUGCAGAGAACGAAAAUGGUGAGCCUAUCACUACUGCCGAGCAGACGCCAGGGACUGCCACACCAGUGACGCUGGAUGCCACAGAACAAGAUGCGUUACCGCCACAAGAGGGCAACAAUACGAUCGAACAGCCCGAGCUGAUGCAGAAGGAAGGUACUUAA